UCCAGGCCUGGGUUCUGGCCGCCCGCGCCGCCCGGCCGCUCCGGGGACGGGCCGGGGCGGGGCGCGGCGGCAGGAAGCGGGGCGGGGACUCGCGGAAGCCUUGGGGAGCGAGGGAGGGCGCGGCCAACUCCCGGAGAGACGACAGGCCGAGAGAGCGGCGCCCCGGCCUGGCGCCGAGCCUGAGCCAGCCGGACGGGAGGCGGCCCAGCCGCGCUCGGCCCCAGCCCCGCCAGCAUGGCCGGCCGGACCGUGCGGGCCGAGACCCGGAGCCGGGCCAAGGAUGACAUCAAGAAGGUGAUGGCGACCAUCGAGAAGGUCCGGAGAUGGGAGAAGCGCUGGGUGACUGUGGGCGACACUUCCCUUCGUAUCUUCAAGUGGGUGCCAGUGGUGGACCCCCAGGAGGAGGAGCGACGGAGGGCAGGUGGCGGGGCAGAGAGAUCCCGAGGCCGGGAGCGGAGGGGCAGGGGUGCCAGUCCCCGAGGGGGUGGCCCUCUCAUCCUGCUUGAUCUCAAUGAUGAGAACAGUAACCAGAGUUUCCAUUCGGAAGGCUCCCUGCAAAAGGGCACCGAUCCCAGCCCUGGGGGCACCCCCCAGCCCAGCCGCCCUGUGUCACCUGCUGGACCACCGGAAGGGGUCCCGGAGGAUGCUCAGCCCCCACAGCUGGGCCAGGAGAGAGAUCCUGGGGGCGUAACCGCAGGCGGCACGGAUGAGCCUCCAAUGCUGACCAAGGAGGAGCCUGUUCCAGCACUGCUGGAGGCUGAGGAUUCAGGAGUGAGGAUGACCAGGAGAGCCCUCCACGAGAAAGGCCUGAAAACAGAGCCCCUCAGGCGGCUCCUUCCCAGGAGGGCCCUCCGGACAAACGCCCGGCCCAGUUCUGCGGUGCCUCAGGACCCCAGAGCUCCCGUGGGAGGAAGCAAGGCCCCGAGGGCACCGAGGACGACCCCCCAGGGGAAGGGGAGGUGAGCCGGCUCCCCAGGCAAGGCGAGGCCCUUAGGCUUCCCUUGGCCGCCCCAAGAUCCAGCCACCCACCCAUGCCCCCGAGGGUGCAGAGAGCGUCCC